UGGAUCUCGCUGACUCUCGUCUGGUCUGGUGAAGUGUUCAGUGUUGAGUUUUUCGACUGUUUAUUAAACUUCGAUUUUUAAUAAUCGAGAAAUAAAGAGAAUUCAACUUAGCAAACAAGAUGAGGGAAAUCGUUCACAUCCAGGCUGGUCAGUGCGGAAACCAAAUUGGAGCCAAGUUUUGGGAAAUCAUCAGUGACGAGCAUGGCAUCGACCCAACUGGUGCUUACCAUGGGGACUCUGACCUCCAACUGGAGAGAAUCAACGUCUACUACAAUGAGGCUUCCGGCGGAAAAUACGUGCCCCGAGCCAUCCUCGUCGACUUGGAGCCCGGAACCAUGGACUCUGUCCGUUCCGGGCCCUUCGGUCAAAUUUUCCGUCCCGACAACUUUGUUUUCGGUCAGUCCGGGGCCGGAAACAACUGGGCGAAAGGACACUACACUGAAGGAGCCGAAUUGGUAGACUCGGUUCUUGAUGUCGUCCGCAAGGAGGCCGAGAGCUGCGACUGUCUCCAGGGAUUCCAGCUGACCCACUCCCUUGGAGGUGGCACCGGAUCCGGAAUGGGAACCCUCCUCAUCUCGAAAAUCCGCGAGGAAUACCCCGACAGAAUAAUGAACACCUACUCUGUCGUCCCGUCUCCCAAAGUGUCUGACACAGUCGUUGAGCCGUACAACGCGACCCUGUCAGUCCACCAACUUGUUGAAAACACAGACGAAACUUACUGUAUCGACAAUGAAGCCCUCUACGACAUUUGCUUCCGCACCCUUAAACUCUCCACACCCACCUAUGGAGAUCUCAAUCAUCUCGUCUCCCUGACCAUGUCCGGCGUCACCACCUGUUUGAGGUUCCCUGGUCAGCUGAAUGCUGAUCUCAGGAAACUCGCAGUCAAUAUGGUUCCCUUCCCCCGACUCCAUUUCUUCAUGCCCGGAUUUGCACCUCUGACGUCCCGGGGUAGCCAGCAAUACAGAGCACUCUCAGUUCCGGAAUUGACACAACAAAUGUUUGAUGCUAAGAACAUGAUGGCAGCCUGCGACCCAAGACACGGAAGAUACCUGACGGUAGCCGCCAUUUUCCGGGGAAGGAUGUCGAUGAAGGAAGUUGAUGAGCAAAUGUUGAAUAUUCAAAAUAAGAACAGUUCCUACUUUGUCGAAUGGAUUCCUAAUAAUGUGAAAACUGCUGUUUGCGACAUUCCACCCCGUGGAUUGAAAAUGUCCGCGACCUUUAUUGGAAACUCGACAGCCAUUCAGGAACUUUUCAAGCGAAUUUCUGAACAAUUUACUGCCAUGUUCAGGAGAAAGGCUUUCUUGCAUUGGUACACUGGAGAAGGCAUGGACGAGAUGGAAUUUACCGAAGCAGAAUCGAAUAUGAAUGAUUUGGUUUCGGAAUAUCAGCAAUACCAGGAAGCAACCGCUGACGAGGAUGCCGAAUUUGAUGAGGAACAAGAGGCCGAAGUCGACGAUAAUUAGAUUUUUCCCGAUUUAUUUUACGAUUUUGACUAUAUUUAGAAUCUCUAUAAAGCUUUUUACGCUUCGUAAUUACGCCUUUUCGAUUUUAUACUCUUUUUUUUUUUUACUCUUUUUUUUAU